AUGUCAAAACUCUUUGACGAUGCCGACUACGAUCCCGGCGAAGCAUCUGCGAAUGUUACACGUCCACGGUUCGAAUUUGGAAAUGAUUAUGCAUACAAUGUGCUCCGGACGAUGGGCGUUCCUCUAAACAACAACGUACCCCACAAUGACCUUUUUAAAUCUGAGGCCGUUGGCAAUGCUAUUAACUCUCUAGACCCAACUCGACCUCAUACCGGUUGUGAUCUAACGACGACCUGCAUGCCUAGCGGAAAAGGAGAUGUUAUGUCUCCAGAACGCAGAACCGAUCAGUUGGCUAAAAUUGGGUCAAAUGGUGAGGAAGAUGAUGAUGCUGAUGACGAUGUGCGUAUCCCUGGGAUAAAUGAGCAUGAUGGAGAUAACGAUGGAGAAGGAGAGCAAGCUAAGGAUCAAGAUGAUGAAGAUUUAGAGUCUAUUUGGUCGGAGCAUGGUCGUCUUCAGCGUGCAACAGUGCUCUUCGAAUUUCGUGCACAACGACCUGAUGAAUUGGACCUCGUUGUUAAUGAGACAGUGGUCCUUCUCGGCGGUGGGGAUGGUGAUAACUGGCUCAAGGUUCGCAGUCUCAUUGAUGGCGUCGAAGGCCUUGCACCUAAGAAUUUUCUUCGCGUUCACGAUCUCUCAUCUCUUCCUCUACCCUGCUAUACAAUCACCAGCAAAGCCUCUUACUAUUCAACCCAAGGGAGUGGAUCGAAGGUUUCCCGAACAUCUGAUAGCAGCGGGGAUGCAGGAUUUCUUGCAACCUCAGCUUCGCUUAGUCGCCUUGCCAUAUCGUCUUCUGUUUUGAGAUCGCGCUGUCUCGCCGUCUCCGUUGAAAAAUCGACUGAUUCAGAGACUCCUGAUUUGGUCGAAGGGAGGAGCGGACCACACACCUAUGAGAAUUGGCGCACUUCUGGGUCUCGUACAUACCGUACCAACCAUGCAACUCGAAUGGGUGCUUCCCCUUGUUCACGUCUUGCCACCCUUAUUUGUGACAAUAAAGCACUAUCUCCUGGAUCGCCGGACACUUCCCCAUCUCGGCCGACUCCGAUUUCAUUAGAUAACAGUCAAGCUACCAUCCGUCUUGCUACGACUACUAGCACCGCUUUCCAGAGUGAGUUUGAACCAAUCUUUGAAUUUAUCCGGGCCAAAAUUCUUUAA